UUUUUUUUAAAAAAAAAAAUUUACUAGUCACGGCUUAAUUUGCUUUGGGUUUGAUUGGCUCGCACAGUGGAGUUUCUCUUGGCCUCACUACUGGCUGACUCUUGUACUUCACGGCUCCAUUCCCUCGCCUCUCCCGCAUUUCAUUUCGCCCAUCUCUCUCUCUCUUUCCUUUUUUAAUCCUCUGCGUACCCUUCCACCCACCAACAGCGCAUCAUGAAUAAUAACUCUAGAUAUACCAUCAGCAGAGACCGCAUGUCCGAGCUCAGAGAUAACGGUAGCCGCACUCCCCGCGAUAACGCCUAUGAGUAAUGAAGACGAAUUCGGUCCUCCCAGAGUGCCUUCUGGUUACCGCUCUCAAAGCCCACGAGGCUACCAAGACAGCUAUGAUGAUGACAGUUACAAUUCGCCUGCUGAUAACCGUUAUGCCCCGUCGCGCACUCCUCAGAAUCAGCAACGUGGUCGUUACAACGAUGAAUAUGAGCUCAGCCAAACCAAUGGCGGUGCUUCUAACACUGCUUCAGGUGACAUCUACACUAUGCCUGGAUACCUUGCUGAGGUCGACGACAUCCAGAGCCUUAUUCAAACAUUGAACCAAAACAUCUCCACCAUCAAUGACCUCCAUGGAAGAUCUCUCAUGAACGAAACUCAAACUGGCAAAUCUUCCGCCGAGCUAGAUUCCUUGAUCAACCAGACUAACAAGCUGAACAUGAGCAUUAAGAAUAGAAUAAAGGCUCUCGAAUCCUCCAAUGCUAGCUUGCCCAACAACUCUGAUGCCAACAUUCGCAGAUCCCAGCUGGCAAAGCUGAAGAAGAACUUUAUGGACGCCAUCGUUCGUUACCAGGAUGUCGAGCGUACAUAUCAACAAAAGUACCGUCAAAGAAUGGAGCGACAGAUUAAGAUUGUCAAGCCAAAUGCUACCCAGGAUGAGAUCGACGACAUCAUUGACGCUGACGAUCAAUCGCCUAUCUUUGCACAAUCGCUCAUGCAACAACAACGCUCUGGUCAAGCCCGAGCUGUUUUGGCUGAAGUUCAGAACCGUCACGAUGACAUGAAGAAGAUUGAAAAGACUAUUAUUGAACUCCAACAAUUGUUUAUGGAUAUGCAAAUGCUCGUUGAACAACAAGGAGAGCAUCUUAACACCAUCGUCGAGAACGCAGAUACCACUGUCAAUGAACUUGAACGAGGUAACAAGCAUGUCGACAGCGCUAUCAAGAAGGCAAGAGCCACUCGUGCCAAGAAAUGGUGCUGCUUCGUCCUCACCAUCAUUCUGGCUGUCGUCAUUGCUAUCCUUGUUUGGUGGUUUGCCUUCAACCACAAGGGAUGUUGCGGAAACUAAAGAAAUGUAUCGAGGAAAUCAAAGAGAUCUUUCCUUUUUAUUUUGGACCGCCCCGAUUUUACCUUUCUCUCUCCUACUACCCCAUCCAGACCCUAAACCCCCCGACACCCUCCUACUACGUCUUAAUCUCUUAUUGCUUUUUUCUUAAAA